AUGACAAACUUUUGUGUAUUUACAGUACAAAACGUGCUUGAGUCUGUCCUUUACAUAUUAUUUUUUAACGUUUUAUUUAUUUUGUUGUUGUGGUCUUUUCUGUCGACCGUCCUUACUCCAAUUGCUACAGUCCCGUCGAAAUACAAGUUAACAGAUGAAGAAAUCGAACUUUUUGACAAUACUGACGAUAUAAAUAAGAAUUUGAUUUUGGACAGAUUUUGCCAAGCAAAGAAUCUCGUUAUUGAAACACGAUACCCCGCCACCUGUAUACGAUACUGUUUUAAAUGCAAACACAUAAAGCCCGACAGAGCCCGUCAUUGUUCGAAAUGUGGUGUAUGCGUUUUAAAAAUGGAUCAUCACUGCCCAUGGGUUAACAAUUGCAUUGGAUUUUCGAACUUAAAGAAUUUUCAUCUAUUUCUGUUGUACUCAACUUUGUACAGUGUUUACCUUGUAUGUACUUCUUUGAAAUAUGUGGAAGUGAUUUUACAUGAAGUGCAAUUACAAGUUGUAUUUGUAGGGUAUUUAAUAUUUUUUUACGCAAUUUUCGCAGCAACAUUGUUAUUGUACAACUGUAGGCUGUUGUGUAAGAAUCAAACUUCGAUCGACGCAUUACAAGCACCAAUUAUUGCAAUAGAAAAUGGUACUUACGAUUUGGGUUGUCGCAAGAAUUUUCUACAAGUUUUUGGGGACAAGUGGCGAUUGUGGCCGUUUCCAAUACCUUCCAGUUUAGGGACAGGCUGUACUUUUCCCAUUAGAAUAUUGAACACUGGUUCCAGUGUGUAAUUGUUUCCAUGAAGUUGAAAAUAAUAUGUAAA